AUGGGAAAGGAAACGAGACUAGAGGUCCCACCUCUUCCAAUCACUGUGGUUCAAGGAUUUGGUGGAUAUCACGCAGCCGAGGUAAACGCGGAUAAUCACAAUGCAUUUGAGGAAAUACCGUCUCUUGGUAUCGCUGGCGAUAUGGUUAUGGCACUAGCAUCUCCGCAUGCUGAACCAGUGCCGAAUUUCCAUAUUGGAAAACCACCUAACACAGAAUUUACGACUAAUUGGGUCGGAAAAUUUUACCCAAUAGGACCGCGAAGUCCAGAAAUAGGACAGAGACUUGCAGGUUAUGGGAUCACCGCAGUAACCUUCGACGAAUGCGUACCUGGAACAAGCUUUAACUUGCGAUAUAUACACAGUAUAUCAGACAUAGUUGGUCGUUUCGAGACUUAUCGAAACGAAAAAGUUACUCAUAAAAACUUGUGCCUCGCUGGAGGAGAAUCACAAGUGGUGAAGACAAGACCAAGUGAAUUAGGAGAGCAGGAACUGUGCAGCCUAUAUCCUCAGCCACUAGUUCGAUUAAGAUCAUGGGAUCAGCAUAUGUUUUUGGCUUUCAACUAUAUAAAGAAGAUGGCCGAGGCAAUCGUCUUAGUCAAAAAGUAG